ACAACCCUCUGAAAGACUCGGGGACCAGUUCUACAAAGAAGCAAUUGAACACUGUCGCAGCUACAACUCUCGGCUGUGUGCUGAGCGGAGCGUCCGCCUUCCCUUCCUGGAUUCACAAACUGGGGUAGCUCAGAACAACUGCUACAUCUGGAUGGAGAAAAGGCACAGGGGACCAGGCCUGGCCCCAGGUCAGCUGUACACGUACCCAGCACGUUGCUGGCGCAAAAAGAGGCGUUUGCAUCCCCCUGAGGAUUCCAGACUGAAGCUGCUGGAAAUUAAACCUGAAGUUGAUCUGCCUCUGAAAAAAGAUGGAUUCACAUCAGAAAGUACAACUCUGGAAGCCUUGCUGCGUGGAGAGGGAAUAGAGAAAAAAACGGACACUAAAGAGGAAGACACUAUACAAGAAAUCCAGAGGGUUUUAGAAAAUGAUGAAAAUGCAGAUGAAGCGAAUGAGGAAGAGGAUCUGGAAGAAGAUAUUCCAAAACGAAAGAACAGGCCUAGAGGACGGGCUCGGGGAUCUGGAGGUGGCAGGAGACGGAAUGAUGCUGCCUCCCAGGAUGAUCAUGACAAACCCUAUGUCUGUGACAUCUGUGGCAAGCGUUACAAGAACAGGCCUGGGCUGAGCUACCACUAUGCUCACACCCACCUCGCCAGUGAAGAGGGUGAUGAAGCCCGCGAGCAGGAGACCCGCUCUUCCCCUGUCCACAGAAACGAAAACCACAAACCCCAGAAAGGACCAGACGGGGUCAUCAUUCCCAAUAACUACUGUGACUUCUGCCUCGGAGGCUCCAAUAUGAACAAAAAAAGUGGCCGACCUGAGGAACUUGUAUCGUGCUCAGACUGUGGGCGCUCUGGACACCCGACCUGCCUGCAGUUCACCACAAACAUGACUGAGGCUGUUAAAACCUAUCAGUGGCAGUGCAUUGAGUGCAAAUCCUGCAGCCUUUGUGGGACCUCUGAGAACGAUGACCAGCUGCUCUUCUGUGAUGACUGUGACCGUGGCUAUCACAUGUAUUGCUUGAAUCCACCAGUCUUUGAGCCCCCAGAAGGGAGCUGGAGUUGUCAUUUGUGCCGGGAGCUGCUCAGAGAGAGAGCAUCAGCUUUUGGCUUCCAGGCCUGAGGAGCUCCAGCAGUCAAGAAACACUUUGCUCCUGGUGUUGCCAUACCAGCACACAAUUCCCAUCCAGAACACAAAGACACAACCCACAUCAAAACGAACGGACACUCAAAUACAGGAAGAGGUAUCUGUGGUAUUCACUGUCACUAAUGCCAUACCUCCUGGGCUCUACUAGAAGGAUCACGUACUUUCCCAAUGCUCCGGAUGAAAUCUCUUCACUGCUAUGCAUGGUUGCUGCUUACCAUUAAGGGCUCACAUGCUUUAUAGAAGGGGGAGGGUUGUUAUAUCGACAUGGAGAAGUCAAUUUUGUGUGGCCCUGUGUUUUCUGUUUCGCCUUCUUUUUAAAGAAGUAAGAUAUCUCCCAGGGAAUUAUUGGUGAGUACUUCGGCUGGGAGCAGCACCAGUUGUUUCUCUUCACAGGCAUGACUGGAAAUGUCUUUACUGCAACCACUCUGUAUUUGCAGGGGGGCUUUGCGAGUUGCAUUAGUUCAAUACUUCCCAGGUCAUCAACAACGUGUUGUCACUGAGAGAAGCACUGAUCAAAAUUUUUUUGGGGUGACACUUUCUCCCUUGGAUCAAGUGCUUUGAUUUGGCAGCUCUUUAGAAAUCUGGUUUUAGUAUCUCUGAAGGAAGAACAGUACCAGUAUGUGUACACACACACACGCUUAGAAAAGCCUACCGUCUUUGGUAAUUCAGGAUAUUCAGGCACACGGUCCCACUGUAGUGCCAGCAUACAGUCCAGACUCAUUUUAUUUUU